AUGAGUCUGUGGACGGAUAAAACGUUUGCGGACCUUGGUUUAACCUACUGGAUAACACGGCAAACGGAAAAGCUAGGGCUACGCCGACCGACACCGAUCCAGGUCGAAUGUAUCCCACGCAUUCUCGAGGGACAGGACUGCAUCGGUGCAGCCAAAACUGGUUCCGGCAAAACAUUCGCUUUCGCGCUCCCAAUCCUUCAAAAGCUUAGCGAAGAACCGACGGCCAAUUUUGCACUGGUGCUCACCCCCACGCACGAACUAGCGCACCAGAUAGCGGAACAGUUUAUCGUCGCCGGCCAGCCAAUGAAUGCGCGCGUUUGUGUGGUAACCGGCGGUACGGACCAUUUGAUAGAAAGUCAGCAGUUGCAGAAACGUCCACAUAUUGUUGUCGCUAUGCCGGGACGGUUAGCGGACCAUCUUACCGGUUGCAAUACAUACUCGUUCGCAGCACUCCAGUUCUUGGUGGUGGACGAAGCUGACCGAAUGUUAAGUGGAAGCUUCGAUGAGGAUUUACAGGUGAUUAACCGAUUCCUUCCGGCCAAGCGUCAGAACUUAUUCUUCUCUGCCACACUGAAAGACUUUCUCAAGACGUCAAUAGUGUUCCCGAUCGCGGACAACGUAUUCGAAUGGUCGGAACAAUCCCAGGUUGCGACGGUGGAAACGCUCGAUCAGCGAUAUCUACUUUGUGCCGAUUAUGAUCGUGAUACCGUGCUGGUGGAAGCGUUGCGCAAGUACAGGGAGGAAACAGAAGAUGCGAGCAUUAUGAUCUUUACCAAUUCGAAAAAAGAUUGUCAAAUUCUGUCCAUGUCACUGAACUCGUUCGGAUUCGAUAAUGUGUGUUUGCACGGCUUUCUGCGGCAAAGGGAACGGGUGGCAGCGCUCAACAAGUUCAAAUCCAAACACGUACGCAUUAUGAUCGCAACCGAUGUGGCCAGCCGCGGGCUAGAUAUACACGAUGUACAGUUGGUGGUGAACCAUCGGUUACCGAAGAAACCGAUCGAAUACAUUCACCGAGUCGGGCGUACGGCACGUGCCGGUCGGUCUGGAAUGGCGAUAUCGAUUCUUCGCUUCCCUAGAGAUUUGGAGGCAUUGGGAGAAAUUGAAGCGCUCAUCAAUACGAAACUGACCGAGUAUUCCGUCGAUGAUCGUCUCGUCCAGCGUAUAUUCUUGCAGGUCAAGGUGGCACGUGCCGAAGCGGAGAUGAACCUGGACAACAAGGAUUUCGACGAACGGCAGCACAAAUAUCGUCGCUUGCGCUGGAUACAGGAUGGACUCGAUCCGGACGUGAUGGAAGCCAAGUGGAAGGAAGAAAUGAAAGAGCGGGAACAGGCACGCCGGGAACGUUUGCGGCAGGAAAACGAAGAGCGACGUCGGCGGGACAAGCAAACAAUCGUCAGCCCAGCCGUGACGGGUGACACUCGGUUCCAGGCGGCCGCAACAGAUAAAAAGUUUAAGAAGCGAAAGUUCAUCGCACCCGAGAAGCUGAACGAACUGAUCGAGAAACGAAAAGCGGAGAAGCCACCGGAAGGAAAGAAAGCUCGCGGCACAACAAGCAACGAUAAAAAGCUUGUGAAAAAGAAAUCAAAGAUGACCAAAUAA